GAAGAAGGACUAGUCGCCUGCGAGAAAGUUACCGAUAAAAGGGGAAAGCUUAUUAAGCUAAUCCUUUGUAAACGCCUCACGCCUAAAUCCCACUAAGUAAUCUAGUUAAGGACGAGUGCUAGUUAAUAGGACAGAGUUGUUCCAGCCUUCGUUCACGCUUUCAGCAAGAACGUCUAGGGCCCAAUCCCCAAACGUUGCUAGGCUCUCCGCCGAAGGAACAAUUAGUUAAGCGAUGUCUUAAAUAACCCUUACCUUGUUCUUUUUUUGCAAAUUUUAACAUGCUUAAUUAAAUAUGUCGUCCCGAAACAGCAUAUCUUUUAGAAAAGCCUGCUCUUUCUUAAGCAAGGUCCUGCAGAGUCAAUGGCUGUCGGGUUUGCAUCCCAGCUUGGCCAAUAUCAUGGUCUCCGCACUUUGCCGCCAGGCUGCGAUUGCUCAGCGGGACGGGCUAGCGCAAAGCCCUUGCAGUGCAUGAAACUUCGCUCUCCCUUACCAUCACCAUUCUGGAUACCUCGAAAAAAAUCUGGACCGCAGGGUUGCAACACGUCUGACCCCCAGGAGACAGCGGGCACCAGUUUUAAUCCGGUAACAAAGCACCCAUACAUCUUGCGCUCACCACCCCUUAUGGGUCCGCAUGAAUUUGGCCUUGGCGAUGCUCAUUCAAUAAUGCUGAGGGAAAUAAAAACGGAACUUGACACCAUUUCCCCAAAGGGAAGAUUUGGAGAACGAGCGACGAGACGAGCGGCGCAGCCGGAACGGCGGGGGUGGCAGAGCAAGACUGGGUCGGGGAUUCGGCAGGGAAACCGUGGAGAGGAUUUGGAAAAGGGAAGGAGGGAAAUAGGAAAAAGAGGAAAGAUGGCACGUCAAAAGCAGCGGGCGCUUAGUCAUGCAGCUAUACCCGAACCGGAAGGCCGCCUAAACCCGAGGGGGAAUUCCCAUAUUCGCCCCGCGCUAUGGUUCCUUUUCUCCUCCCGUGCCCCACGACGUGCAUCCCACGCUUCAUGCAAGUAUGCACAGAACGCAAAUGCAUCGGCGCUCCCGUCCCUUCAACAACGAAAUACUCACCUCGAUGCGAUCGCCGCCAUAUGCCGAUGUUUUGAUGGCUUCUCAGGCAGCGCAACUAUGAUAGCCUUACUAGCUGGCAGUAGACGUCUGGCCAAGUUCAAACCUCGUAUCAACGCUCGCAAUGCAGACAUCUGCAGUAGACAGCCAGCGAAAACCCAUCUCAUCAUAUCCAUGAACCAAAAGGCCGCUUCUAGCCAGCCAUGUAGCAACAAGUGUAUACAGAAGAGGAAAUCUGGAAGCACGGACGAUAUGUCCAAUUCACGCAGCAUGUACAUCUACUUGCAUCCCCAAGUGUCGUGGAAAAAAGUACUUGCCUAA